UCCACGGUGCUGAAAUGAGUCCAAACACCUCAGAGGCAACAAUUACAAUGCUCCCUUUAAAUGUAUUUUUGAAGACUUUUCCACGUCAGUGUUGGGAUUAUAUAGUGAUCUGCUUUGAUAAAUUGAUAAAUUGAUCUUCAGUUGGAUGAGAUUUACGCUCAUGUCUCCAGAAACCCAGAGAGUUCAUGUCAUGAUGAAUUAUUCACUGCCAUCAAUCUAGUGGCCUCUUGAGGAUUUAAUGCAUAUUAGCAAGCUUAUUAUCUCACUCCACGACUGCUUUAAUUAUUUUACUUGUUUCCAAUAAUAUUAACAUGUUAAAUUUACUUACUUAUACGGAUUGAGACACUUAUUGUUCAUCCCUUCAUCCAGGGUCUGUUCUCGUUAUGUAUCCACAGAAUCAACUUUGGUUUUCCAGUAUGAAUCAUUAGAUGGCGCUAUCAGUAGGCUAAACGAGUCCCAGCUAAAGAAGUAUUAAACCAGAAGAGCGAGUCUGUGCUUCAUCCACUCAGAAGAAUUCAAAGAACUCUGCAGUCCUGUCGUAUUGCACCUCCACUCCGCUAUGUUUCCAGGACAUUUAACAGUGUUAGGGAUAAAAUCAUAACUGCUAACAGGACAGCCACCCAACAUUUGCCCCUAAUUUUUCCUCUGCAGAUCAGUCCGCAAGCGGGAGGAGGACUAUCGACCCGCUGCUGCAGGACUCGCCGGAGGGAUUCCGGCUGAAGUUGCUCGCAGCACCACACUGACAGCAGUCAGGCUGAGAAGUUGCCUGUUUCACCACCACGCUCUCCGUCCAUCCUCUGGACUCGGGUUGAAAGUUAUGGUUUUGACGCUGGUUGUCACACGGACUUGCACCAUGUUAAGGAGACCCGGAGCUUUCUAUGUGUGUGGAAAAUGAUUGCAACCAACAGCGACCUUUCCAUUAUGGUGAGGAGAUGUCUUCUCACUUUCAAACCGUUCAGGAUCUUUGUGGUGGGGAUUGGUUUCUUCAGCCUGUGCUUUCUAAUGACCUCUCUUGGGGGCCAGUUCUCGGCCAAGCGACCCGGAGAUUCCCCCUUCACCGUGCGAGCCGAGGUACUUGGUGGCCAAGAAUCUCGCGGGGUGCUGAGGAAAAUCAGUGACAUGCUGGAGGUCAUCAUGAAGAGGAUGGACGCUCUGUCUAAACUGGGUAACACCACUGACACCCACAGGCUGGAUGAGCUCAGCUCGGCCCUGGACAGGAUUCAGCCUAUAGGGCUAGUGGAGCGGAUCCAGGCCAUAGCUCAGAACAUGUCUGACAUGGCGGUGAGGGUGGAGCAGAUCCUACAGCGCAGCAUGGCCAGCAACAGAGUAAGGGAUGGUACAUUAGGACAAUGCGAGAUUCCUAAAGAUCCCCGUUAUCCAGACUGCCCCAGUAAGAUGGAUUGGAUGCGCGCUCGUUGGACCUCGGACCCUUGCUAUGCGUUUUAUGGCGUGGACGGCUCUGACUGUUCCUUUCUCAUCUACCUGAGCGAGGUGGAGUGGUUCUGCCCCCCGUUGGCCUGGAGGAACCAGACUGCUACACCCACCUUCAAGCCUCCACCCAAGAGACAGGCUGCCUUCCAGUCUGACAUUGGGACUCUGCUGGAGCAGGUGGGCACCGGGAAGGAAUCUCUGAGCUUCAUGAAGAGACGCAUACGCAGGCUGGCAGCACAGUGGGCCUCUGCUGCUCGACGGCUAGAUGACAAGCUCCGCAACCACUGGAGAGAGCAGAAAAGGAUUCUAGUCCAUGUGGGCUUUCUGACAGAGGAGUCUGGGGAUGUCUUCAGCCCCAAGGUGCUGAAGGGGGGUCCUCUGGGUGAGAUGGUGCAAUGGGCCGACAUCCUUACAGCCCUCCAUGUGUUGGGACACAACCUCAAGAUCUCUGUUUCUCUCAAGGAGCUGCAUGGGUUUCUGGGGGUCCCUCCAGGAAGAGGAAGCUGCCCACUGACAGGACCUCUGCCUUUUGACCUCAUCUACACUGACUACCACGGCCUGCAGCAGAUGAAGCAGCACAUGGGUCUGUCGCUGAGGAAGCACAAGUGCCACAUCCGAGUGAUUGACACUUUCGGCACUGAGCCUGCGUACAACCACGAGGAGUACGCCACUCUACACGGCUACAGAACUAACUGGGGCUACUGGAACCUUCACGGCCAGCAGUACAUGACCAUGUUCCCCCACACCCCAGACAACUCUUUUAUGGGUUUUGUGGCAGAGGAGCUGAAUGAGACGGAGAGACUGAACAUUCAGAGGAACAAGGUUAACAAUAUGGCUGUUGUGUACGGCAAAGAAGCCAGCAUGUGGAAGCUUCAAGGUAAGGAAAAGUUCCUGGCCAUCUUGCAUCGCUACAUGGAGAUCCACGGGACGGUGUAUUAUGAGACACAGCGUCCCCCAGAGGUGCCUGCCUUUGUCAAGAACCACGGUCUGCUGCCUCAGCAGGAACUGCAGCAGCUCCUCAGAAAGGCCAAGCUGUUCAUUGGAUUUGGCUUCCCAUACGAAGGUCCCGCCCCUCUGGAGGCCAUAGCCAAUGGCUGCAUCUUCUUGCAACCCAAGUUCAAUCCCCCUCACAGUUCCCUUAAUCACGAGUUCUUCAGAGGGAAGCCCACCUCCAGGAAGGUGUCCUCUCAACAUCCCUAUGCAGAGCAGUACAUUGGCAGGCCGCAUGUCAUCACUAUCGACUUCAAUAACUCCGAAGAGUUUGAUGCAACCAUCCGUGAGAUCAUGGCAAUCAAUGUGGAGCCAUUCUUGCCCUAUGAGUACACCUGUGAGGGGAUGCUUGAAAGAGUUCAUGCUUACAUCCAGAACCAGGACUUUUGUUCUCCUGAAGCUCCGUUUCCUCCGGUGAACUCCUCUAGGAUUUGGCUGAGCAGCCCUCCCAGCCCUUUCAUCCUCCUGCCCAACUCCAGCAUCCUAAGCUGGGCCCCCAAUGCCACCUCCUACACAUCCUGGCCUCCCCUUAGUGCACUGCGGCUUUUGGCUUCGCUGGAGGGCCAGUCAUGUGUGAAGGCAUGCCAGAAUGCCGGACUAAUCUGCGAACCAGCCCUGUAUCGUUUCAUCAACAUUAAGGAGGCCUUCAGCGCGCUGGAAUUCCAGUGUGAGGGAGUGGAGUCAGAGAUGAACCACCUCUUCCCUGCCUUCUCAGCUGAACAUGCUGAAUGUGCCCUGCAGCAGGACCCGCUGCUGUUCAGCUGUGCCGGCUCCAGCGCCAAAUACCAGCGCCUUUGCCCCUGUAGAGACUAUCGUAACGGCCAGGUGGCACUGUGCAAAGACUGCCUAUGACCGUAGGACAGCCCCUGGAUGGACAACGGAGCAAAAUCCAGGCUAUCCCAGGAGACUCUCUUUGAUGAGGAGAGUCUAUAGUAAAACCUCUCUGACCUGGGACUCAGUGCCAUUGUGCAAAAUCCUUCACAUCAUGCCAAAGUAGGUAAGGUGGUAAUACCUCUCAGGGAACUGCAUGAUUGUACUUUGAAUCUGGUGUGUUUGAAGCCUCAUUUUAAAGGUUUACAUGGCUGCAUUAGGACCACAGUCGUUACACAAGUGUAAAUGAAAUGUAUCAUUUAUUGGAUCAGUUAGAUUAGUAAAGAAGUCAUGAGUAAUCAAGCCUCAUGCCUCAGUUUCACAAGUGUUUACCCAGUGUUGUGUGAAUUCCUACAGUAUCAUAGUGGAGUUUGGACAUUUGUACUAGAUGCACCCAAAGCCAUUUACACCAUGUUGAGAUGUACUAUUUUACAUGUCCUGUAAUGAAUAUAUUUGUAUAUAAGUGUUGUUUAAUA